AUGGGGCAAGCGCCUAUGGAUGUUGAACAUGAGAUUGGAUGGAGAAAUACAAAUGAACGAAAAAACACAAAGUGUGAGUAUCUGUCGCCAUUGAAGAAAAGGAAGGUGGAUGAGUAUUUUCCGAUCUGUUUAGUGAGUCAGGAUGUGAAGAAGAAUGACAAAAAGACUGAGGUGAUAAAGGACAAAGAAGUGAGGAAGCGGUGGGAUGUGGAAGGAUAUAUUGUCCGACUUCCGGUGAUGCUAAUAAGAUACCUGCAUCUGGUUUUGAAUGUAGUGAUGAUAGGGUUUAUUUGCUAUGCAGUAGUUUAUGUGUUUGUAAGUAUACAACGAGACAUCAGAUACAAGGUGUCGAAUAGAAAGCUACAUAUUAAGAAGGAAAUAGAAGAUGCCAGGACAUCUUACGAAAUAAAUAAGUGCCAUCCGGAUACAAGGGUGCCUGCAAUAGAGGAGCUGUGUAAUAAGUGGGAAUGCACGAUUAAGAAUGGAAAUGGAUCGGUUGGAUACACGAGGAUUAUUGCAGAAGUGUUUGGUGAUGUUCUUGAUGGAUUUGUUCGCAAGUUCUCUAUGAAAAGCUCAUUGAUUAUGGGGUUUUUCUUUUUUGUGUUCCUGACAUUUGGAGGGAGAAGAGUGAAGAAAUAG